UUGAACAUCGCUGACUGAACUUUGCUUGCGGAAAUCUGCAAGCUUACUGUGCAUUGUCAACCUCUUCAGUAUGUCGAGCCUGCUUCGCCAAAAUGCCAAACAAAGACUCCUGGACAAAACUUACGAACAGUACAGAAAACCCGGUUGUAAUUUGGGGAUGAAGCGUGACCAAAUAAAAACCCUCCACAAAGCCAAAGGCCAGUCUCUUGGCGCUGUUGAAAAGACAAGAAACCUGUCAACGUUUAAACAACAGUUUACAUACGAAACCUUGAUAGCAAUGGCAAUACGAAAUUCGCCAAAUAAGGCUCUAACCGUGGCAGAGAUUCAUGCGAACAUUGCAGAGAUUUAUCCCUACUUCAAAACAUUUCCAGGCAGUUUGAAAGCGAGCAUUGUCCGCACAUUAUCGACUCGCAAUUGUUUUGUAAGGCUCGGAGAACCUUGUCAAAAUUAUUGGACUUUUACGAAUCUUGGGAGAAGUAUGAAUACAGAGGAAAAGAGCUUGGACCAGAAUCGUCAAAUUGGCAAUGACUUCUCCGCGAAAAAGAAAUGUUCAGAGGCCGCUGUUUCUAGAUCAAGCAACAGCCAUAAACAGUCUACAACUAGGAAAGUGUCUAAACCAUCACACAACCCUAAAACCACCCAUAACAGUUGGUCAGCUUGGUCUCAAAGUAAGCAAGCUGCCUAUUCCGCUUAUUCACAGGCUGCCAUCCAAGUAACCGCCCAUUCGCAGGCUAGGAUUUCGACCACACCCUUACACUCACAGCCCGCUUCUGGCCUCGACGUCGCUACGUCCACCGUCCACUCUCAGGCAAAUUCAAGACAUGCUGAGCUCAGCCAUUAUGACCUCUUAAGACGGAAUAUUCACAACAGUCCAUUGUAUCCCCGAGUGCCCGUGAUUACCCCUCCACCGCAGCAGAGAAGACCUGAAGAAUCGGGGUUAAAAAUUGACCGAGUUUUCUCGAUGAAUCCACAAUGUUCCUCGAUGUACCAAACUGCAAUGCAACCCUGUCUACAAGCAGAGGAACUUUUGCGAAGCAAAAUUAUCCCUUAUCAUCCCUGCACACUUUGGGGGUCCCAACUUACACCAAACUCACCUAAACUAUCCAGUUUUGUGUCAGAGGAUAAGGAACGUUACGAAGAUGCAUAAACUAAGAUUUUUAAAACUCGGUCAUAUUCAUUUUUUCUGUGUUAAUCUACUUUC